AUCGUUGGUUUUAACGAGCAACUUGUUUUCUUUUUAUAUCAAUUUCACUUUCGCAUUUGGCACUCACCUUUCUGCUUAAUAAUCGAAGAAAAUGGCGAUGGUUUCGUUGAAAUUCUCUGUCCCUUCCUUAAACUUUUCUAAUCUACGCCCCACCAAGCGAUAUCCAGGCAUGGCUUUUGCAGCCACAAAUCAGGCUGCUGCUGCUUUGGGGGUCAAAGUAACACAAGGGGAAGGCAAUUUACCGAAGCUUGUGCUCACUUCUGAUCACGGCAGUGAAGCUGAGAUUUAUCUAUUUGGUGGUUGCAUUACAUCUUGGAAAGUCCCAAGUGGACGAGACCUUCUAUUUGUGCGGCCUGAUGCUGUAUUUGACAAAAAGAAGCCAAUCAGUGGAGGUAUUCCACAUUGUUUCCCACAGUUUGGACCUGGGCCAAUGCAACAGCAUGGAUUUGCAAGGAAUAUAGAUUGGUCCCUUGUGGAGUCUGAAAAUGUGGAAGGCAACCCUACUGUAACUCUUGAGCUAAAAGACGGUCCUUACAGCCGAGCCAUGUGGGAUUUCGGUUUUCAGGCUAGAUAUAAGGUUAUUCUAAAUACGAAGAGCAUUUCCACUGAUCUAACAGUUACAAACACAGACAACAAGCCAUUUACUUUCAGCGCUGCCUUGCAUUCAUAUUUUCGUGCAUCUAUAACAGGGGUAUCCGUGAAAGGUUUGAAAGGUUGCAAAACUCUGAAUAAAGAUCCGGAUCCUAAGAAUCCAAUUGAGGGCAGGGAGGAAAGGGAUGCUGUCACUUUUCCUGGAUUUGUAGAUUGCAUUUACCUUGAUGCUCCUAAUGAAGUGCACCUUGAUAAUGGCUUAGGUGAUGUAAUAUCCAUCAAGAAUACAAAUUGGUCGGAUGCUGUUUUGUGGAACCCGAAUCUGCAGAUGGAAGCAUGUUACAAAGAUUUUGUUUGUGUUGAAAAUGCAAAGAUUGGGACUGUCCAGCUAGAGCCCGGACAAUCUUGGAUAGCUAAACAACAUCUCAGCAUUGGCUGAACUACUCAAGUAUAGAUUGUACAGUUUCCAGAGUUCAUGGAAUAAGUGCAGUCCCCUUCUUUUGUUUUUUCGGUGGCAAAAGAUUUUGGUUUCUGUUUAGAAAAAGCUUACCAGCUUCAUGCUGAAGUUUCUGUAUUAAUAAAUGAGUUGAUAUUGUGCCCUUCGUUGGAUUGAAAGGUGCUUUGUAAUCAUUUGAAUAAAGCUUUAA